AAUAUAAACAACAACUCGCUUCUCUUCCCCUCUUCCCCCCCUCAUUUCAACCACAGUAAACAAUGCCCUUUGAUUUCGCAGGCGACAGAGAAGCCCGGCGGAAAGCCCGCCAGCGCGGCAACCCCGCGUACCAGCGGUACCGACGCGAGGAGCAAGAGGAAUUCGUCAUCCGCGUGGAACCCACCGGCAAAGAGAACGCACAGCGCAGCGCCGACAAUGGAGCGAAGGCGCCCACGCAUGGUACGCCAAUAGGUGCAGCGAUACAGCGCCCGGCAGCAGCUAUGCGCACUGUGACGCACAACAAUCCAAAAACGCCAACGACGCCAAAAAGUCUGAAGAGACAAAGACCUGUUGCCAGCGAUGCGCUGCCCAUUCGACGAACGCCCCUAAAGAAGCCCCCCGUGCGCAGCCAGAUAAUGCCCGAGUGGGAGGGCCUGAGUAUGGGCGACGAGGAGCCUGAGCAGCAUAUGGCUGAAGUCCGCCGGCCCAGAGUCAGCCAUGGGCAGGCGAAGAAGUCAAAGCGGCGACCCCACCGGAAGCCAGCGAUCGACACCGAGGGGCUUGAUGGCGUGCUGGAGCAGGCGCCGCAGCGCAUGACGCGCUCGCUGGCCAGGAAAAUCGGCGUGCAGCACGGCAAGCGGCGGUACGGCGGAGGAGUCCAGGCAUCGCAGAUUCUGAGGCCCGUCAACGCAGCGGGCGUUUAGGUUGCGGGAUCACUCCAACAACCGUCGGCAAGAACCACCGUCGGCAUAUUUAUUUUGGGGGAGGAGAGACGGUGGUGCAAGCCAUUGUCAGAGUCUAAAAACGCCAGUCCCAUUGUGGGCGACCCCCAAGUGCCGUUUUAGCGCAAUUUUCUCGCUGCCCGCCAAGGCCACACAUGCUGAGUCUGAAUAGUGGCCAGAGAUGCC